AUGGCGGACAGCUGCCAGUUCGGCCCGUGCUCCGAGGCAUUCCAGAAAAUGAAACACGAGUUGCUGGAGGAGUGGCACGCCUUUCGAACAGAACUACUGCGUGACAUCAAGCUCCACAUGCAGGGUCUUCCUACUUCAGAUGCGACUUCUCCAGAGCUGGCAAAGGUCCAGCAGGACAAAGGGCAAGUUGCCGAAGAGGACGAAGGCCAGCAAAGUGGCGAUGUGGCCGUCACCCCACAAGCUGCUAGCGUUGCUGCGGCUCCGCGGGUGCUUGAGCUGGACCAGGGCGCGGAGGUCACUCCGCCACGGAAACGCCGCAGGGUGCAGCAGGAUGAGACGCCGAAUCCGAAGGCUUCUGGAGUGCAAGAGGAGGGCGAUCGCUGGCUCCUCCCCAAUUUCCAGAUCUGCGAGCAGCUUGGCAGGGGGUCAUAUGGCACCGUUUGCAAGGCCGUGGACACCCGCAAAAGGCGGCCGGUGCCAGUGGCUGUCAAGAAGAUGGCCAACGUGUUCGCUUGGCACCCCGCCGAUGCCAAGCGAGCCUUGCGCGAGGUUGCGAUCUUGAGCAAACUGAAGCACGAGAACAUCGUCAAGCUCUGCGACGUAGUUGUACCCUGCCGCACAAGUGCCUGUGAGGACAUCUAUAUAGUCAUGGAGGCUUGCGACUCUGAUCUGGACAAGCUCUUCUGCUCGGGCAUAAACUUGAUGCCACGCCAAAUGAAAAAGCUUACGUAUACUUUGCUUUGUGGGGUGAACUACCUUCACUCGGCAUCAAUCUGGCACCGUGAUCUGAAGCCGGCCAACUGCCUGUUCAACCACCAGGCAAGGCGGCUGACGAGGGACCUCACUGACCAUGUGGUCACUAGGUUCUGGCGGGCCCCCGAGCUGAUCUUGUUGCAGAAGAACUACACAGAGGCCAUUGACAUGUGGUCGGUCGGUUGCAUCUUUGCGGAGAUCCUGGGCAUGCGGAAGGGCAUGCAAAUCCACGAGCGGGGACCGUUGUUCCGCGGAGCCGUGUGCUUGCCAUUGUCUCCGGACCAACGCGAAUGUUGGCCAGGGUCCGACGAGCCCGAGCAGCAUGACCAGCUCAACAUGAUAUUCGAUAUCCUAGGAACACCGGAACCAGAAGAGGUUGAGCAACUGGAUGGGGACGCCAGGUCGUACGUUGAACGCUUCACAGAGCGCGAAGGAAAGGGCCUGGAAUUCCCCGGAGUCGAGACAACAGCCAUGAACCUGCUGAGGAGGCUGCUGCGGUUCAGUCCGCAAGAGCGCAUCAGCGCGGCUUAUGCACUUCAAUGCGGCUGGUUCGACCGAGUCCGCAGCCAAGCCAUGGAAAGGCCUGCGCCAAACUUCAUCAGUUUGGAUUUCGAGAACGAGCCAGAGAUGAACGAAUCUCGACUUCGAGAGGAGUUUCUUGAACUGUGGAUGUGA